GUAGGGUUAAAAUCAAUCCUGUGAGUUAGACAUCAAGUCAGCAGAAAUGCCACUAGUGUUUUUAGCAAAUGCGAAAUUUUUCCUUAAAACUACGAAGGACGUGAAGAAACUUUUUUAUUAUCAGAACUAAAUGCUAAAGAUAAAAAAAAGUGUAAAGGAAGACAAAAACCGUGAAUUACAGAGAAGUUUGACGUAAAGGUUAUUCGAUUCCCCUCUCCCGUAGCCAUGGGACAAGUUCAGAAGCCACAGACCAACACUGAAAGAACGUCUUCGAAUGGCAAGCGGAACCUCCCUUUCCGCCACCCAGACUUCUCGGAUGACCAAAUUCGUCAACUGACCGAGAUUGCCCGUUCGUACCGAUCCUCCAGCUCAGUGGCGUCGAAAAGGUCUACUUCCCGCCCCCCGUCGGGAUGCUCCUCUCCUAUUCUCUCCCCCACUAUCCAGAGAUUAAGGGCGGAAGGAUUCCCACCCCUGGCGAGAUGCGGCUCCGAUCCUAUGCUCCACGGGAUGCCCCCAGCUCAGAACGCCAUGAACACCGGCUCUCUCCCCGCCGAUCUGGUUCCUACCACCACGUCUCCUUCCCCCACCCCGAGGAGUCACCAUUUACACAGGAGACACCACAAAGUGCGGGAUACCAGCGCCAAAGAUCCAGGUGGAGGCAGUGAGGGAGGAGGAGUGGGUGUGAGAGACGCAGGAGGAGGGGGGGGAGGAGGAAUGCUAGGAGGCGCCAACGGUCAGCUGAGCGCCCAUGUCAUCGGGGGCGUGGGUGGAGCGGCCAGUGAUCGCGACCUCCUGGCUCUGCUCAUGAACCGCCUGGUGGCCAUGGAGACUCAGUUGUCCCACGCCAGGCAGGCCAUCAAGCAGAGGGAGUUCCACAUCGCCGUCUUGGAGGAGAAGAUCAGGCUGUACAUGAAGGCCGAGGAAGAUGCGAUGACCAGCAAAAUGGGCUUCCUAGACACUCUCAAGGACAACAGGAUGACGUCCCUCGAGGAGAAGUGCUUGAAGCUCGAACGCCAAGUUAUGGAAAUGGAGCGUUUCCUAGGGGAGUACGGGAUGGUGUGGUGUGAGGCUGAGGGAACCUACUUGCUGGACAACCCGGUCACCGCUUCCUGCAGCUACUCCUCCUCUGAAGCCACGACGCCCAACGUCACGCCCUCGCACACGCCCAGAUCCCACCCGCGAGUUCGCAUCAAGAGGCACAGGAGGAACCACAAAAACCGUGAGGUGCGGAGGGUAGUGGCCGAGUCCACCUCCCGGAGCAUAUCCUCGGAAGCGGAGCCCUUCAGCCUGGAUUACGAGAAGCUGCUGGCGGCGAUCACCGAACUGAACAUCAUGGCCCAAGGAGACGCGGCUGCCGAGUUCCAAGCAAGCUCAAAUCGCUACCGGAUUCGGCCCGCCGACCAAGAACGGGAAACCAAGGUCGCCUGGAGUUCGAGGGCAGGGGAAAGCUUACAGCUUACUCUGUACAAGAACGGAGUGGUAGUCAAUGACGGAGGUUUCCGGAGCUUCGAGGCUGUGAAGACGCGCCAGUUCUUGCAGGAUAUCCUGGAUGGGUUCUUCCCGACUGAACUUCAGGAUAUCUAUCCCGAGGGCGUCCCUAUUAAGGUGCGUGACAAGAGGCAAGUCAUUUUCUUACCUAAUUCGUCCAAGCGGAAAGAGAUCAGUAGGCCUCCAGUUCCACCCAAACCUCUCCUUCCAGCCGGAUCCGAUUCUCUACAUUCAGUGCCAACCGGCUCCUCUCUCACUUCCGUCACCUCCAUGCUCUUCAGCAGCGUCUCAGAGACAGAACCUCCUCGUCCAGACGACCCAGGCCUCUCUACUGAAGUUGUAGAGCCAACGCCUCCCCCUCCUCCCCCUCCACCUCCACCACCUCCUCCCGCAACAAGUACGGAGAACGUCGGUGAUACGUCGCACUUGUGUCCAGAGGUGGAGUACCGGAGCGAAUCGAGUGACGUGAGUAGUAGGAGGAAUUCCCUUCAGAGAGGAAGUGACAAGUCAGAGGGCGAGGGCAUAGGAAAGGCAGAACCGGUACGGCGAGGCAGUGAACUCUGGAGACCCAUAGAAGUCCCCAUCAUAGGCGCCAUACCCACAACUCGUCGCGAUUCGAGGAGAGACAGCCAAUCCCGGAGAGGCUCCGACCACAGGAGCCACCAGUGUCGCCGAGGUUCCGAAUGCCGGCGAGGAAGCGAGCUCGCGAGGACGACCUUCGACCUGGAUAUAGGUCGACGAGCGAAGCAUCCUCUUGAGUGGAAUAGGAUCAACAGGACGGCUUUCCUUUUACACGACGACACGUUCGAUUCAAACGGCAAUCACAUGAGGCGAGGCAGUCUGGGUGUGCUAGGAGGCGAUCCUUAUGACGUCGACACGUUACGGAAAAGGCGGACGUCCGUGGAAGAUUUCUUGGCGAAAGUUCCUACGUGCGUCGUGAAAAAUGGGAAGCUUGUUAACCUACGCGAAGAAGUUGCUGAUAUGCUUAUAGGACCUUCCAGGAAAAACUCUCUCACUCUAGUCCACACACCGGUCUUGGACGAAGCGGGUGAAAGCCAAGAAAGUAACGAACAAGAUAGCAACCUGAACGAGGCAGAGGACGAACAUGAUAAGUCGUCUGAGUACUUGGCAUCUAGUGCACCUACUGCGACGACCCCAAGCGGUACUUCUACGACAGCAGUUCCCAUCAGCCAUCACGACCAUGUGCAUACGAGGACUACUCUGAGGAUCAAAGUGGAAAAUGGGACUGAAACGUACUUGAUAAAACUGAAGGCGACAGACACCUUGGACACACUUAGGUCGUAUCUGAAGUCCUACCGUGGAGAUCAUGAGGAGUUUGAGCUUGUGAAGACGUAUCCAUACCAGGUGCUAGACAGAGGCGAAGCUACCAUGGCAGAGUUGGGUCUCACGCCCAACGCUGCCCUACAUUUGAAGGUGGCUGGCCGACCCCGCCCACCGGAAUCCCUCAUCCUGGAGUCGAACAGCAGCAGCGCCGCUGGCGGCCUCUCCGCGAUGCUAGGCUUGGGCAUCGCUUGCCCAGUCGUCCCGACUAGCAUCAGCAUCAGCAGCAGCAUCCCGAACAUCACCUCAGUCACGCAGACGACUUCAGCAGCCCACCAGAUCCACUCGACACCAACACCCCACCCCCCCACCACCAGGCACCGUCGUCGCAUCCCAGACGAGUCCCGUCUCCAGCCCUGCCCCAGAUACCCCCCAAUUUGCACCCUGACAUACCCCCAGCGCCCGUGCCCCUCCUUUGCUUCCCAGAUUCCCACGAAGCCGCGUCAGACAGAGAUUCCUAACGCCAGCAUCCCUGACGAGCACCGUCGCCAGCCCUGCCCCAAAUACCCCCACCAAUUUGCACCCUGACAUACCCCAGGCGCCCGUACCCCUCCUUUGCUUCCCAGAUUCCCAUGAAGGCAGACUCCUAACGCCAUAAACUCGAUGACAGGGCGUAGUGGCAGAGAGAUAUAUCAUCGUACCUUUUAAUUAAGAGAGCGAGAGAGAAUCUUCUCUUGAUAUUGCCGAACGGCGAUGACAAUGUAGUUACUGUGUAAACGAUCGUGAGGAAUAAAAAGAAUCCCUUGGUGCGAGUGGCUGUGGCUUUUUUUAGCACGGCGUUGAUCGCCGUGUCUCAAAUAGAGAGCGAGCGAGCGAGAGAGAAAGAGAGAAAGAGAGACAAGAGAAAAAGAGAGCGCCUAUGAAUGAAAGAUAGAGUUAAGUAGACGACGUAUAGCUUAAUAGAUAUUGAACGUCAGUUAUUUUCAUUUACCUGCCUGUUAAGUGUAUUACUUUGUCGUGCGUGAAGACAUGGACAAACAUGGUUGUGAAUAUUACAGUGUAACAUAUUUUAAGUGUGAUGGGAAUUCUUUACUCUCGUUUCUUUAUCACUAUCUACUAUGUUUUCGAGUACAGGACGUGAAAUAAUGCCUAUUGUUUUAUUUAAGUUAAAAAAAAUUUAGAUCUGAGAAAUAUAUCUAAGGACGUGAUACAUUGCAGUGGGAAUGUCUAAGAAAUGAAGAAACUAUGUUUUAGGUUACUGGAAAUUUUCCUGAUCUAGCUUUGAGAUAAGUUGCAAAUCCUGCUUUUUAAUCUUUCUUUGAAAUUGGCUGUUACCCAGUCACUGAUUUAGUUUUUGAGAACUAACACUAUUUUAUCAUUUUUUUAAAAAAGGGACGGAUUUGCAAAAAAAAUGAAGAAUAAAACAUAAAUAAAUAAAUAAAAUAAAUAGAAUAAAUUAAGAAUGCACACAUAUCAUACCCCUUCCUUUCGUUACAGUUCUUACCGAUUAUCGGGACAAAAGAGAAAGAAAUACGGGAUAGAAAACGA